AAUAACAACAACAACACAACACACACCUACGGAUAUAUAAAACAAAAAGCAAAAGAGAGAAGAAAAGAAAAACGCUUAGUUACCAUGUUGCACAACGACGAUGACAAUGCCGCGCCAACUGCAACAUUAACAACAACAACAACAAAUAUGGCCCCGACUGAAACAACUGGCAAUGGAACGGAGCCAAUAAUUUCAACGCACCUUGCAAAUGCAGAGCCAACAACGGCAACGGGAACAACAACUACAACAGCAACAAUAGAAGCAACUGCCUCCACAGCAGCAACAAUAUGCACAACAGCAACUGACGGUCAACAGGCAGCAGCUCAACCAGCAGCGAUAGCAACAAUGCAGAUGACAGCGACGUCGCAGCCGCUGUCAGCUGUGGCAGAGCGCCCAGAAUUAGCGACAACAGCUGAUGCUGUUGCUGCUGCUGCUGCUGCGGCGGCGGCCGCGGCUGUUGUUGGCGAGUCUUCAACAUUGUCGUUGGAUAACGCAUUCGAUGCUCAGAUGCGUACGCAGCAACGACAAAAAAUAAAAAUUUAUCAUGGCGCUAAACAAAGCGCCGUAUGGCGAACCGAUUCGCUAGCAACCAAUCCAAAUACGGGCUUAAUUAGGAGCGAUAUUGUUGUUGGCAGCGACAACAGUCGAAUUAACAGCGGCUGCGCCACAGCGCCCAGUUUGCUGCAGCGCAAGUUCAGCGAUGGCUCGUUCAGCGGUGCAUCGAUGCCGCGUCGCGUCUCAUUCCCGGAGAGUGAUAAGGAGCUUGUGACGGGCUACCUGGAGCCAGCAAAUCCUUGGGAGCACGUUCGUCAGGUGUGGAGCAUAAAUGAAAUUACGGAUCUGUAUUUGAAGUCAUGUCGCAAGCAUCUAACACAGCCCAUAAAGAACGUCCUAGACCAUUUCAAGGCAUUGGAUCUAAAGCAACCAAGACAGCCGCUGCUCUCGCUCAAAGGCGUACAGCUAACCCCCAACGAUUGUGAGCCACUCGAGGAGAUAUUCAAGCGGAUACAAUACAAAGCAAUUGACCUGUCCGAGUGCCCGCUGACCGAGAGCUGCCUGAGCGCGCUAUGCCAGAUGAUUGAGUACUACGAGGCUGCCAAUGAGCUGGACAUAAGCUACAACAAGGAGCCGAUGACAGUGCGCGGCUGGGGACUCUGCACUUAUAUGGUGCGUCGCAGUCAGGAGCUGCAGCUGCUCAAUGCCGAGGGCAAUCAGAUUUCCAAAGUGGGCGCAGAGAAUUUGGGCGGCGCAUUAAGCAGCUCCAAUCUGCAUACGCUAAAACUGGAGCACUGUGGGCUCAAAGGACCGCCACUGACCAAUUUCUGCUGCAAGCUGUAUCACAACAAGGUGCUCAAGGAGCUGUGGCUGGGCUACAAUGAUUUGGACUGCACGGAUGCGCAGCAUAUUGCGGACAUGCUGCGCUUUAAUCACAGCAUCGAGCUCAUCGAUAUAAGCAACAACAAUGUGCGCGAUGAGGGCGCCAUGUAUCUGGUGCAGGCGCUCAUUUCGCAGGCUGCAGAGCUGGAGCGACGCAGUGGUCUGCCGCUGCAGCGUGCGCGCGCCAUUGAGGAUGAUGAACCAGUAUCGCCCACAGAGCCAGCAGCACCAGCAGCAGCUGCAGCAGCUGCAGUGGAGUGCAUAGCAGAGUCUGCUGUCAAUGCAGCGCCAGCGCUGGUGGAAGUGCCGCCAGUUUGCAGCGCGCCAGAGACAGAGGCAGUGUGCAGCCCUAGCAUAGAGCCAAAUCUACUGCUGGAUGUGGAGAACGAUAUGGAUGAUGAUAAUACGGAGGAUACAGUGCGCACUUUGCGCAAUGGCAAUCAGAAUGCAAGUGGACAGUCGAUGCUGGACAAGCUGCUGUCCAUGAACAGCGACAGCAGCAGCGAGGAGGCGCCCUCGAACAUAUCCACCGAUACGCUGGCUGCCUGCAAUUCCGAGGACAUUAGCGAGAUUAGCAAUGAAGUCUAUGAGGCCAGCAAUAAAGUACAAACCACAACAACAACAACAGCAACAAUAGCAAAUGAAACUGCAGCAGUGGAGACUGGCAGUGAAAAUCUACAGCAACAUGAAGAAGUUAAACCAGAGAAUGGUUCCCCAAAUGAACGCAACUUAUGUGAUAUUACUCCCUCAACAGAGGCUAAAAACGUUGAAACCCCCGAAACCUGUGUACAGAAUAACAAUAAUGCCCACAACAAUACUAACAACAUUAACAACAACAAUAACAACAACAACAACAACAAUAAUCUGCAUGCAGCUGCUGCUGCAGUGGAGGAAGCAGCAGUCGCCGCCGCCACUCCGCCAGCUGAGCCUGCUGCCGCCAUUUAUGAAGUGACCGCUGAGGAGAGCGACUGCAUCAAUGCAGCGGGCGCUGCCAGCAGACCGCUGGACAUGAACAAGAACGCCAAGGCGAUUGGCGAUGAUUUCGAGGAUACACACAGCAUGGAUUCGGCUUUUGAGAGCGCUUCCGAGGGCGAUAUAAGUCGCCAUCUGCCCGAUGAGUUUAGUCGCUUGUCUGUGUCGUUGGAGAGCACACGUCUGGAUGAUAUGCCCAAGGAAAUGGCCAUUGAAACAGGCACCAUAGCCAGCGAGUCCACCGAGUGUCUGCUAGUGGCCGAUGAGGCAAAUGCAAUGAGCUCUACUCCCACGCCGGAGCCGCUGGUGCCCAAGGUAACAAUUGCGGCGGAUUGUCUAACUGCUGUUAAGGACAAAGAGCUUAGCAGCAGUCCCUGUGCUAGUCCCACGCCCACACCACCGCCGCCCUCCACCUCGCCGGGCGGCGUUAGCAGCGGCUUGCGACGCACCGAGUCCAGCUGCGCGUAUCUGAAUCAAAGCACACGCAAUCACUCGCAGAGCUCGGAGAGUCUGUGCAGCGAUAACUCGCUGGAUGGCAACAGCAGCAGCGUCGCCGAUCCGCAGCUGGCCGAGAAGCUAACCAAGAAUGACACGCUGUCGCGGCGCCAGCUGGUGGAUGCCACAUUGGAGGCAGCCAAUCGUGCGCCCAGCGGCCUGAAGGCGCUCACGCUCUGGAGCAAUAAUCUGACCAAAAACUGCGGUCCCUGCAUUGCCGAGUUACUUGCGCGCAGCAAUUCGCUGGAGCUGCUCAACAUUGGCAAGAACUGUUUGUCCAACGAGUUUGUGGGCAGCAUCAAGGAUAGUUUGACCAAAAAUAAUACGCUCACCACGCUGGGAUUGCAGAGCGCGCAUCUUAGCGCCAAGGGCAUCGAGACGCUUGCCUCCAUUCUCACCUUUGGGGGCAACAGCAAGCUGCAGCGCAUUGACAUACGUGACAAUAAACUAGAGGUGGAAAGUCUGAACAUAAUCGCUGAGGUGCUCAAGUCCAACAAGACCAUUACCCAAAUCGAUAUCAAUGAUGAGCCCAAACGUCUAACGUUGCCCAUUGUGCCGAUAGUACAUAUAGAACCGCCUACGCCAAUGCCACAGGACAGCAUUGGCAGCGAUGCGCAUCUGGACUAUACGCGUGUGCUGGCCACUGUGCGCUCCAUGUGCUCGCGCAAUGAGCAAAUGCAGGCGCAGGAGCUGGAGGCGGCCAAUGUGGGUAGUAACAAUGCCGGCGGUGGCGGCAUCGGCGGCAGCAGCAGCGGCGGCGGCAACAGCGCCAACAUGAACGGCAACAGCAGCGGCAUGCUCAAUCGUGUACGCAGCGGUUACUACUUGGGCUCGCGGAAGAUAUCGCUCACAUGCCACAGUCGACCGCUGGUUGAUCCGGCAACGGGCACUGUCUCCGCUGCACAUGCAGUAACCGCCCUGCCCACGCCCGCUGCCAAGCUGGAGAUUAAACGCAAGACCAAUGCGCGCCUGCGUUCGCCUGGUCCCAGUCCGCCAACGAUAUCGCCCUCAUCGUCGCCCAAUCGCAGUCGUUUUCAUGUGUCGCGCGUCAAUGAAGUGGCCAGUCCAUUAACCUCGCCGCUGGCAGCGUUGCCACCAGCGCCGCCACAGCAGCAGACGCCAGCCAGAUACACCAGCAGCUGCAUGUCCAUACCGACUGGCGGUGGCGGCGGCGCUGCUGCUGCUGUUGCUGGCAGUCAGAGCAGCCUGCUGAGUGCCAUGCCCACGUCGAGCUCACUGCCCUCCAUGGCAACGGCUACUUCAUCCACGCAAACUAUUAAACGCUUAUCGGUAUCGCCGCGUUCGCGUUUCCAUGUCUCGCGCAUCUACGAGGAUCAGCAGGUGCCGCUCUGCAGCCGCCAGUUACCGCCCAUUACGCCACAUACGCCACCCAUCAAUCUGCCGCCCACGCCAAUGCUCAAAUCAGCACGCAAAGCAGCCGCCGAAGCUGCUGAAAUGGAGGCAGUAACAGCUGCUGCUGUCGCUGCUAAAACAACAUUGCCUAUCAGCAGUGUAAUCAUUGUGGAGCCACCAGCAGCAGCACCAAUACCACCGCCCCAAGUCGUUGAGAGUGACAGCCUCGACUACGCACAACAACAAGAGCAGCAGCAACAGCAGCAACAACAAAGUACAAAUGUUGGCUUGACCAUGUCGCCACAGAAACUAUCGCCCAGCACCAAUUCAUCCAGCUCAUGCAGCACCUCUCCCAUAUCCAGUGCCACCAAUAGCAGCAGCAGCAGCUGCUCCAGCACUAUCAGUUCCACCUCCAAUGACAGCUCAAGCAUCGCUCAGCAAGCCACAGCACCACCUACCAAAACUUGUCCCUUAGCCUUUUUUGGUGACAAUGAUAUAACGCUAACCAAAGAGUCUGCCGCUGGCGUCAUGGCAUUAACGGAUGCGCAGCCAACAGCAACACGCGCACGCAAAUCCUCCUGGAUAGCAAAUCCAACGACUGUGGACAAGCUGCUCACACUGUUCAAUCCGAGCAUUUUCCAGCGCAGCAGCUCACCGGACUUGAAAGCCGCCAAUACAAACAACGCACAGUCUACUACCACAACGAGCGAUGGCACAAACGUGGCUCUGCGUAAGACUACGCCACCGGCUAAAUUCAAUGACAACACGGCAGCAAAACCAGCAGCACAGCAACUGGCCACGGCGAGUGUUGCUUCUGGAACGUUUGUUGACACAGCGCGGCAGCUGCGCGACUUUAGCAAGCAAGUGUUUCGACAGAAUCUAUCCUUCAACAACAGCGUAGGAGGCAGCGGCGGUGGCGGCGGCGAAGGUUUGGCCAGCGCUACUGUGUCAACUGUGCAGGAUGGCAGCGCAACAGGAGCAGCAACUGUAACGUCAAGCAGCAACUUGGGCGAAUCGCCCACGCACAGCGAAUGCAAUGCAGCGCAUAUGCCGCUGAGCCUAAAGCGUGAGCUCAAGGAGAACAUAUCGCCGGAGCAUACCAUAAAUGAGGAGACGCUGCACACGCUGCAGAAACUCUCGCGUGUCGAGGAUGUAACGCUCAAGGCGGAGGCCAAUACCGAGCUGGAUGACAUUGAGAUAGUUAUGCACAGCGAGCUGGCCGAGUGUAUGCCAGAGGCAGAGACACAAUCGCAGUCGCAGUCGCAGUCGCCGGCACAGUCACAGGAUGGAGGAACGCAAGUUUAGGCUUAAGUGAUGUGUGUUAGCAAUUUGACAAUGUUGAGCGGCAAGACAGUAACACCCACCCAACACCACCCACCAGCAGCCAACUAACUCAGCAUUCCCCACGUAGUGCAGCACAGCACACAAAGUCACAUACUCUCUAUUUAGCUUGCUCUAGCAAAAAACUUAUCAACAGUCCCACUGAAAAUAUAAUAAUGGGCUACACCAGCACACACAAAAGUACACACACACACUAACACACAAAAUUUGUUUCAACACAUUAUUAUAAUUAUUUUUGUUUAAACUCUUAUUAAGUUUUAACGCAUAACUAUGCAAAUAUAUAUUUUAACAAUGAAACACACCUAAUUAAGGCCAGCUAACUAGGCUAAUACACACACACACACACACAUGUACACAGAUUGUGAAUUAAUAUUUGGGCAAAUUGUGUUGUUAAAAAUUCAAAGCAGAAUAUAUUGCAAUUGGCAUUUGAAAAGUUGUAUGUGCAAUUAGAAAUCAUGUACUUAAAGCAAAUUGUAAAUCUUAUUUUUGUUUACUUAAUGCCAUAGAUAAUUUUUAACUGCGCUUAGCUUGGCAAGUUUGUAACGCAAUUAUGCUUCACUAAUAUGUACAGACACACAUACAUACAUAUAAAUAUAUAUAUAUUUAUAAAUAUAUUGAUUGUAUAUUAAUACCCACCAGUCAAACUGUAGGCAAUGUUAAGUUCAAAUGAUAACGUGCAAAUAUUCGUACAUUCUUACACACAAGAAACAAAAGCUAAAAACAAAACCCAAAAUAAGUCCAAUUGAUCUCAUUAUGUGAUAUUUGUUGUAGUUGCCCCCCAGAGCGUUUACUGUAUUCAAAGCGUAGCACGCUCUAAGCGAGGCAAACUCAAAACCCCAAGCGCAAACAAAAACAUUCAAUAUAUAUAUACACACACACACAAAACACACACACAUAUAGUUUAUACUAUAUGUUCAUAUUCUUAAGGCAUAACACUGCUUACAAUUGUUUGCUAAGCGCAGCUGCAACUUUUCAUUUGGCCAAUUGAUUAUCUGAUAAAUUUAAAAAUUAAACUAUAACAUAUACAUAUGCAAGCAUAAAACAUACAUAAAUCUAUACAAAUAUAUAAACUUAGCAUUAUGUGAA